AGGUUUCUUCGUUUGUCCACCGAUUUCAACAUCGAUCCACUUCAAAAAAUUUAGAAAACAAAUAGGGAACAUCAUCUCCAUCUGAACUCUCCCUUCAGGCAGCCAUUCCCGUUCUGGAAUUUUUUUUAAUCAAUAACUUUGAGCAUAGUUUUUGUGGAAUUCAGUUUGGUGUGAUUUCAUGGGUUCUGCAACUAAUGUCGUUGACAAUAAAGAGGCAAGGUUGCCUCGAGAAGUAAAGAAUGCUCUACAGUUAAUGGCAUCAGAGUGGGAUGAUGUAGUGGACUCAAAGGCUUUGCAGGUGAUCCCUGUUAAAGGUGCAAUGACCAAUGAGGUCUUCCAGAUAAAAUGGCCCACCAGGACAGAUGAUGUGUCACGGAAGGUUUUAGCUAGGAUUUAUGGUGAAGGUGUGGAGGUUUUCUUUGACCGAGAUGAUGAGAUUCGGACGUUUGAGUUUAUGUCGAAGCAUGGACAAGGACCUCGUUUACUCGAACGGUUCCGCAAUGGGAGAAUUGAAGAGUUCAUCCAUGCACGGACACUAUCAGCAUCUGAUUUGCGUGAUCCAGCUAUAUCAGCUCUAAUAGCAACUAAAUUGAGGGAGUUCCAUGAACUUGAUUUUCCUGUUACCAAGAAAGUUUGGCUAUGGGAUAGAUUGCGAAAUUGGCUUAGGGAAGCUAAGAGAGUUUGCCCUCUAGAAGAAGCCAAAGCCUUUCACUUGGAAGUUUAUGAGGAGGAAAUCUCUAUGUUAGAAAAGAAACUAUCAGGGAGCCAUCAACGCAUUGGCUAUUGCCACAAUGAUUUACAAUAUGGGAACAUAAUGUUUAAUGAAGAGACUAAAUCAGUAACCAUCAUUGAUUACGAGUAUGCAACAUACAAUCCUGUUGCCUUUGAUAUCGCAAACCACUUUUGUGAGAUGGCUGCCGACUAUCACACAGAAACACCCCAUGUUAUGGAUUAUACUAAAUAUCCAGGUUUGGAAGAGCGCUUAAGGUUUUUACGUGCAUACCUGCACUCUUCAGGUAAGGAACCUAUAGACUCUGAAGUGCAGAAGCUGCUUCAAGAUGUUGAGAAAUAUACUCUAGCAAGUCAUCUCACUUGGGGGGUGUGGGGAAUAAUUUCGGAACAUGUGAAUGAAAUUGACUUCGACUACAGAGAAUAUGCCAAGCAGAGGUUUCAACAGUACUGGAUACGGAAGCCCGAGUUGUUGGGCUCUUCUUGAACCCCCACUUUUUGGUGUAAUGGUUUGCAGACAUCGUGAUGUAUGCCAAUUUUAAGAGGGAAAUCAUCAAGAUGGUUAACAAAGGAACACAGAAAGGACUCGGAAUGAACAAGUAGGGUUUUCCGGCAAAUACUCCGAGGGAAGACUGUUUUCUCCGAAACAUGUUUUUGUUACAUGAGAUUGUGCAUGGUAAAAGGCCAAAAUCAAUAAUAUUUGUAAUUUGGUGAAUUGGUUUGGAGAGAUGAAUGGAUGACUAGAAAUAAAAGCAAAAUCCAACAUUUGUGCAAAAUGUAAUAUUAUGGAUGAAAAGCC